UUCCUGCGUAAAGACAUCUUUUUUUAUAUUGUCAUGGCGAUCGCAUGCGGAAUGGACUUCAUUCCGGUGCGAUUGUGGAAUUUAGUCGUAUAAAAGGUUCUUGUGAUUCUUUCAAAAUUCGGUCGCUUCGCGAAGGAGUUUAUCGGGGCGGGCGGAGGAAAGUUAUGGCGGAGAAAAGAAGUUCGGACAACGUCGUUAUGCCGGACAUUACCGAAGUAACCGAACCCGAUCCUCUGUCGAACCCGGCCGAGCAUAAUGCCGAUUGCUCUGAUGGCGAUACGGUAUUGUCAACUGCGAUCAAGGCGGCUCGGCGGACAAGCGACUCAAAUGGCGUUGUUACGGUGCCCGUGUCUCUGCCGGUCGGUACGCUCAUCACAGGCACUACGUUUAACGUCAUAACAUCGGAUCAGUUGCAGCAUUUCAAGCCUAUGCUAUGUGUGGAUAACGGCUUCAUAUCAGGUGGUUCAGUGCCAGAAGAUAUAAAACCGACGCAUAUAGUAAUACAAAACUCUCCAUCGCCACCGACUGCUCGCGACAAAGAUCAGGAUGCACCAGCAAACUCGUCGCUUUCUAGCAAAUCAACGAGGAGUCGAUCAUGGGUAGAAACUGCGAAUAUGCCCAUUUUGCCUGUUAGAUGUAAGAAUACUUCAGCAGAACUUCAUAAGCAGAGGUUAGGAUCUGGAGGUCGAGGCAGAUGUAUAAAGUAUGGAAUACAAUGGUACACACCAAGCGAAUUUGAAGCACUUUGUGGUAGAGCAUCAAGCAAGGACUGGAAGCGCUCCAUACGCUUCGGUGGGAGAAGUUUACAGGCAUUAAUUGAUGAGGGUAUUCUGACUCCACAUGCAACUAGCUGUACAUGUGGAGCAUGCUGUGAUGAUCAAACUGCAAUGGGACCAAUACGAUUAUUCACCCCAUAUAAAAGAAAGAGGAAAAAUCAGGAAGGAACAGAAGAGAAUAAAAUAAAAGUGAAAUGCGAAAGUACACUCACUGAAGCUGAUGUUGACAAUAUUCACCAGACCAGCAGUAACAGUCAUUCUAAAGAAGCUUGGCAGACUAUUACAGAGGGACUAGACUCAAAUCCAGAUUAUCAGCUAUUGGCAAGUCCAGAAAUGACUACAGGUGGUCCAGAUAUGACCAAAAUAAUAAAGAGAUUGGAAGACAUUGGCCAGACUCUAAUUCAUCUUUCCAGUGAAUUAAAACAGUGUGUUGAAGAAGUAAGAAUUGUCAGUGCCAGACAAUUGGACAGACUUGAGCAAGAGCGUGCAGCCUUAAUGCUUGAGAGUGUGGAUACUGCCGUAGACGCAGAACAGGUGUCACUGCAUAGUGUUGAUGAAUCACUCUCAAAAAAGUGUGCUAACUGCAACCGUGAAGCAUCAGCUGAAUGUUCCUUAUGCCGAAGGACGCCAUAUUGCUCUACUUAUUGCCAGAAAAAAGACUGGGCAUCUCACCAAAUUGAAUGCCUACGAACUGUUCCAACCAUUCAUUCGGACAGCCAGCAGCAUCAAUCCAUAAUGCUUAUUGUAGAGAGUCAGCAUCAGUAGUAUACCAAACUUAAAGGUUAGAAUAAUGUUAUGCUCUUUAGUAUGGGAUAUUCUCAAUUCAAUGAAAACUUUAAUAAUAAUCCAUAAAUUUAUAAAUAACUUUCAAUUUAAAGUAAUAAUCAUUUAGGAAUAAAUUAUAAAAAAAAGUGUUAAUAAUUAUGUUUUUAAAAGAUUCUCUAAAUUUUGAGGGAUUCCUUAAUUUCAUUGUAACUACACUGUGCUUGUUUGUAUAAUAGUAGGUUUGUUUAAAUAAAAUUUUAGAAUGAGUAUGUUACAUUUAAGUUUACUGAAAUGUUACCUUUUAGUAUUUGAAGUGAUUCUUUUCUAAGCUUCGUAUCACUUCCUAAGUAAUUCUGAGUCACCUGUAGUGUUGCGAUUACUGCUUUGUCUUUCUUUAUUUAUAGACUAAUAAUUAUGGUGAUCAUUACCAAUUUUCGUUUUUCAUCUGAUAGCCCAAUUCUUGAGGCUAUAUAACUCCUAAAAUGUCACCUUCACGAGAGUUUAUAUAUAAGCAUCGAAAUCUUAAUAACAGGACACUAGAAAUGAUGUGUCGUCGCGAACGUGACUAAGAGCACACCAAUUUGUUGAUGUUUUCUAUACUUAACCGCCUGCGAAUUAGGUGUUAAAGGGCAUUUCUAGUAUUUUGAUAUUAGAAUUUCUAAGUGGGAAGUGAGUAAUUCUGAGUCACCUGUAGUGUUGCGAUUACUGCUUUGUCUUUCUUUAUUUAUAGACUAAUAAUUAUGGUGAUCAUUACCAAUUUUCGUUUUUCAUCUGAUAGCCCAAUUCUUGAGGCUAUAUAACUCCUAAAAUGUCACCUUCACGAGAGUUUAUAUAUAAGCAUCGAAAUCUUAAUAACAGGACACUAGAAAUGAUGUGUCGUCGCGAACGUGACUAAGAGCACACCAAUUUGUUGAUGUUUUCUAUACUUAACCGCCUGCGAAUUAGGUGUUAAAGGGCAUUUCUAGUAUUUUGAUAUUAGAAUUUCUAAGUGGGAAGUGUUUGUAUUGUAAUUUAUGUUAUUGUAUAAUGUACAAGUCAUGUUGUACGGAGUGAAUAAGGUGCAGGAUUUAUUGGUUUGAACUACCUAGUCUCGGGAACCACCAGUCAGAUUUGAAAAGUCCUUUUUGUAUUUGAUAUCCCAAUUCUUGAUAAAAGUUAAAGGUUAUUUUUAAAAUUACGCUACGACCAUUAGGAGGCGAGCGAACGACUAGUCAUCUUUAAAUCGCUAUACUCUCAAAUACUUCUAUUAAUAAUGUCUUAAUAGUAGCUCGGAAAUACAUAGGAAGCCCUGUCACUGACUGAGACAUCUUCUUUUACUUCUAUGGCCAAUUUUCCGCACUUCAGUACUUGACUUGUUGUAUGGCGAAUAUCCCCGUUGUUGUUGCCUCAAGCAGGCUGCCCAGGUUGCUAAGUUAGUUUAUUAGGUUGAUGGGUUUUAGCCCCUUUGUUUGCCUAGCAUAUGUUUGUUUUGGUUUAGGAUUAUGAUUGUUUUGCUUUCAACGUGCUUUUUCCAAUGAGAUUGCAGCGUGCCCGCGUGACUCCCAGAGUUCCAGAAAUUUUACCUCACUCAACAAAGAAGGUACGUGUUGAUAAGGUUUAGAGAGUUCAAGUUUAGAGAGUUCUGGGCUCUUGAUAUUGUCACUCAAAACAGUAUAAUAUAAAAAUUAUAGUUUUAUCCACUAAGUUUGAUUGUUUUUUGUUUUUUUUUUUUAUUUUUUUGUAUAUUUUUUCACGAAUUUUUAAAUGGUUUUUAUGCGGUCGGUUUUUUUUGUUUUUUUUUACACGAUAUAUUCACUUCCUUAUUAGAAUUAGAAGACGGUAAAUCUAGUAAUAGAAUAUGAGGGAGAACGGGCAGAAGCGUCGUUCGAAUCAACUUUUACCGUUAUAUUGCUAAUAUAGUUGUAACCGAAAACCUAACGUUAUUUAUCAAUAUUCUAUUCAACAAUAAUUAACAUAGAUCGUUCAAUUUUAUUACUGUCCUUUCUUAUUUGACACUCGCAAGGUUAAUACAAAUCGGUUGACAUAACAUUGAUCAAAAUCGGUCCACGCGUGGGGCUUUUAGAACGCCACAUAGACCAACAUAGACCGAUAAACGCAUUACGCUGUCUAGUGCAGUCAGGUAAAAAUACUUGGUAUCUGAUUUUAAUUGAUGCUAGUGGUAAAUCUAUUAAGGUUUUGUACCUACAAAUAUUGAUUUUAGCCAUUGUUAAGAAUGCUUAGGUUUGUAAGUAAGAGACAAGCUGUCGCCCUCUUUUGGUUUUUAUUGUUCUGCCCAAUAGGUGCGCGUCGCUAUGUACCGAGAGUAGUGCGUUCAUGUAAAUGUUAUACUGACAUCCUGUUAUAAACUCACUUUCGUCUCUUCAGCAAUAAAACGACAAUUUUUUAUUUGUUUCUUUGGUAACUUCUGUCGCAAGUCAGUAUAUACUUUUUCAACUUCCAAAGAUUUUUUCCGCAUUAUUUACGAUCUUUAGUUAAAGCUUUCCAUACAUUUUUGUAUUUCACUUUGUUAAGUACAAUAGGCAAGCUCUUAAGAGUAUCGGAGUAGAGGGAAACUAUUAAUGCUGCUAAACCACGUUCAUGAUACUGUAUUUUAAAAUACGAGUGUCCUAUGAAUUACCGGGCACUGAAAGCAGAAAGGAAAACUUAGCGAUACAUUUUUAGAAGCUUACUUGAGUCGGUACUUAACAUGAAAAAGUAAAGAUUAAUUUUAUGUACAAUAAUCGUUCAUCCUUAUCAAAAACACCGAACUGCAUAAUUUAGGGAGAACUAACUUUCGUGAGGGAUGUUGGCAGUUUUCUAAAAUAACCAUCCUGGAUAUAAUAUUAUGUUACACAUAUAAUAUUAUAUGGAGACAUACAUGUCAUGUUAUUCAACUUGUAUGAACCUAGUCUUCUUAUACGAUAACAACGUUGCGUAGUACCUAAUUUUUGCAUCCCUACAUAAGCCCCUGUUUUAACAAAUAAAUACAGCAAAGAUGAAGCAAGCAUAGUAUAUUAGUUACCGAAAAACUAAACUAAACUUUUCUGUGACGCUUGCUGAACGUUUUAACCAUUUUUCUGUGAAUCCACAAAAUUAUGAUUUCUCUUAUUACUAGAUUAUCAAGAAAUCCGUGGACCAUUUUAUUUGCCACUAAUCAACGUAAUAGUGUAAGAUACAAUUGUUUAGUUGUUAUAGUACCUAGGUAUUAAAAUAAAACUUUUUGAAUGUUGUCAUCAUAACUAGCAGUAUUUAUUAGGUUAUUGUCACUGUUUCAUGUUUGUCUUUCUAUCAUUGUAAUUUUUAUGCAUGUAUGAAAGUACGGUAAUAAGUAAGGUUAUUUGAGCAUGCACACUUGUAUGAAACUUACUUAUGAUACUUAAAUGGUAGCUUGUUCUACGUUUAAAAUGUUACUUAAUCAAACAAAAUAUUUACAAAUUAUUAACCGUUAUCGUAGGCACACGUAGAAAUUUCUAGUACAUAAUUACUAACUUUUAUUAAAUGUAAUUUCUGGACAGGUACAUAAUAAAAUGAAUUAAGGUCAUACUGUUAACCUGAAUAUACUAGAGGAUACGUUUGAUUGAAUUGAAUAUUUGUAUUUAUUUAUUUUAAGAUAAUAUAGGAUAUCCAUAUUUCAUGCUAUUUAAUCAUUGUAUGUUAUCAAUGCGAAAGUGUUAGUUAGUUUGUUUGUGACCUAUUCACCGAUUUUGUUGAACAUCAGCAAAUAUAUUGAUUGUUUUGCUUUCGACGUGAGAUGGACACAUGAUGCUUUAUUAUCCGGAACAGAAACAAACUAACGUUCCUAGUUACACUAAACUAAACCCUAUGUUACAUUUUUGCUCGGCUACACAGCUAAAUCGAUCUUGGCGAAAUUUUGUAUAAAUAUAGCUUGGCAUCUUAGAGACGUACUUAUGAUACUUUAUAGGCAGGAGACAAAAAAUGUAUUCCCUGAUGAUAUAUCCAUUAACAAUGGAUAAAUUUGUUCCCCUGCCAAAACAUGCCAUCAGGGGAAAGGAGAAGUUAACACCCGUUAGACACAUCGAGCUUUUACGGCCGAAAGCGUAUCCGACCAAAAUUUUUUAAAAAGGAAUUGUAAAAGAAGGUUUUUUGGUAUAAUAAAUAAACCUUCUUUUGGAAUAAAUUUUAUUUGUCGGCUACGCUAAUCUGGCGGUAAAGGUUCGAAAUUAUAAGUGUAUUAUUUGGAUAUCGGGGAGUAAAUAAAACUGUGGUAAAUAUACAUUUUGCACAUAACACGUCAUAAGUUAAAAAAGCACUGCCCAACCUAAAAUUUUAUAAAUAAUUAAUCUGGGAUGAAGAUUUCUCCAUUUCUCCACGCCAUCUUCCAGCCUACCCUGGUAAAAAAAAAACCUUUUGCACGCCACGGCUUUAAGCUUAAUAUUUUUGUGAUAUUAAAUGCCUUUGCACACUUUAUCAAUUUCACACCGACUUAACUGAAUUUAAGAGCAUUGGUAUGUGAGCUUUAUGUUAUGUAACAUCAAACAAACUUUUCAGUAUUUUUGUGCUAGCCACACGUCGUUCACCUAACAACACUCCAUGUCCCAUAACUCAUGUUAUAUAUAAAGCUUACAAAUCCUAUAAUAUGAAUCAACUCUGUGUUUAGUCGACAAAGCGUGCGAAUGCUAUUAUUCUUACUAUAUAUUGUCUACCAAAAAGAUUAUAAAUAGACUUACGAUUCUUUAAAAAUAUUAACAUUACCUAAUAAUGAAUUAUCGUGUAUUGGUUAUCUUUUUUUGUAUAUAUACUGGUAUCGAUAAAUAAAUUUGUUUCAUGGUUA